AUGGAGGGUGAGAAGAACUCGUCCGGGGACCUGAUGUCCAGCAGCAAGCUGGUCGCGGAGGCCGCCAAGACGGCCUACGAGAAGAAGAGCGUCGAGGGCAUCGACAAGGAAAAGGUAGCCGCCGCCUCCGCCGACAUCCUGGACUCCGCCGCCAAGUACGGCAAGCUGGAGGACAAGCCGGUGGGGCAGUACCUCGAGAAGGCUGAAGGGUACCUGAAACAGUACAGCUCCGGCGGCACCGAGAAGGAGAAAACUGACGCACCUGCCGCCGCUGACGCGCCGAAGCCGGAUGCACCCAAGGAGCCAGCGCCUGCGCCUGCACCCGCCGCGGAGGAAGAGAAAGCGUCCGGUGGGUUCGGUCUCGACGACGUCAUGAAGGGGGCUGCAUCGCUGUCCGGGAAGAAGAGUGGCGAGGAUGAGAAGGAGAGCGGCGGCGGCGGCGGGUUCAUGAAGAUGGCUCAGGGGUUCAUGAAGUAG